GCGGCAGGAAAUGAGGCGCUUCUUCAGCCUCCGCGACGGCGGUGUUGUCGUGCAGGCCGCCCGCGCCAUCGCCACCAGCGGCCGCGUCACGAACGAAGACCGCCGGUGGUGGCUGGUGCACCUCGAGUGCGCGCCGGACGUCACGCCGGGCACGUUCGUCUCGUGGUUAGAUUGCUGUGGCACGCACACGACGAAGAAGCUGAUUGAGCGCAACAUCUGGACGAUUGAGCAGGUCGCCGCGCUCGACUCGGACCGCGUGGACGAGCUCAAGUACAAGGACGGGUGCCUGAAGAUGGACAUCGUGUGGGAGCAUGCCCGCACGAUUAUCACACCGCUGCGGCAGCGCGAGGUGGGCGGCGGGGUAGAGUCGGAGCUGCAGAGCCGCAUCUUGGAGCUGCGCAAGAGGCGCGAGCUCGAGCGUCAGCGGGAGUCGACGCUGCGGGAGCGUGCCGAGGUGAAUGAGAAGCGCGAGGAGACGCUGCGGAAGCUGCGCGAGAGCAUCGCCGCGAAGAAGGCGGCGCUCCGUCAAAAGUUGGAGAGCCAGCAGGAGCCGCCGCCGCAGCAGCGGCAGAUGGAGGACGACGCGGCGACUGAGCCGGUGUCCGAUGAGUCGGUGGGGAGCGUGGUGGAUAGGAUGGCCGGUGGCUCCCCAGGGCAGCAGAGGUGA